UACUAUUAAAAAUUACAAAUACUCUUAUUAAGAAUCCAAAAAUGGACGGGCCGAAUUGGAUUAGAUACACUUCUCAUCUGUCACUACUCUAAACUGUCACGGGCCAAAUUAGGUACGAAAUCCCCGUGUGCGGUCAAAAUUCGGCCUAACCACUUUGCAAAUUUCGUUCUAGACUUUAAAAACUCGAAUGGGCCCACCAAGAUGGGCCUAAAUGGAAUAAUAGAAGUUUGUAUUGGGCCAAAUUGGAUCCAAAUUUAUUUUCCACGAUCCAAUUUGCGAGUCUACUAUCCCUCUAAAAAAUAAAAAAGAAAAAAAAGAAAAUGCGAGCUACCCAUCACCACACGCCACGUACUCAUGGAGCCCUUGAGCAGAGUUCCCCAUCCGAAACCCAACUCCGGCCGCCGCCGCCGCCGCGCCAUGGACCGCCUCCUCGCCUUCUCCCGCCGCCGCCGCCGCUGGCUCGCGUGGGCAGGCGCCUCCGCGGGGGCCUACCUGGUAUACCACCACCCGGCCGUCGCCGCGCGGCGCCGCCGCAUCGCCCGCGUCGCCUCCGCCCUCGCGUCCCUCGCCGACGCCGUCGCCGACGUGGCCUCCGACCUCGCCGCCUUCCUCCGCUCCGACUCCGACUCCAUCCCCCCCACGGUCAGGCAGCUCUCCAAGCUCGCUUCCUCUCCCGAGGCCUCCGCCUCCGCCUCCGCGCUCUCCGGGGCCCUCACCACCGGCGUGAUCCGCGGCUACGCCACCGCCGCCGCCGCCUCCUCCUCCGGUGACGAGGCGGCCUUCUCGGACCGCCUGCUCGACAGGAUCCUAUCCCCUUCCGGCGAGCGCCUCGCGUCGGCCGUCGCCGGCAGCUUCGGGAGCCAGCUCGUGCUCGCCUACUACUCCGCCCCGUCCGAUCCUUCGUCGGGCUCGUCGUCGCCGAGCUGGGUCGAUGUGGUCACCACCGGGAGUUGCCGGAGAGCGAUCCGCAGCUGGGUCGAGGUCUUCACGGCCACCGCCGUGGGGGUGUUCAUAGACAAGACCAUCCACAUCAACACCUACGACCAGCUCUUCGCCGCCGCCACGAACCCCUCCUAUGGCGCCAGGCUACAGCAGCUUCUCGUCGCACUCUGCAAUGCCUCCAUGGAGACACUGGUAAAAACAUCCCAUAGUGUACUAUCUAACCCUAACCCCAAUGCCAAUUCCAAUCAAAAUGGUAGUAACAAUGGUAGUGGUAGUGGUAGUGGCAAUGGUGGGGAUGGGGAAGGAUGGGUGGAGACGGUGUCGACCGUGCUUGCGGUGCCGAGCAACCGGAGGCUCGUGCUGGAUUUGACUGGGAGGGCAACAUUUGAGGCAGUGCGAUCGUUUCUCGACUUUGUGAUGUGGAGACUUCAUGAAGGCGCGAGGGCUGGGGGUGAUGCCGCGAUUGGGGCUGGAUUGUGUGCCUUGAGGCACAUGAGCGAAAGGUCCAUGGUUAUCGCUGCAAUCUGCAUAGCAUUGUGCUUGCAUUUGUUGAACGGCGCAUGGCUCAUGACCCGGCCUGAGCCUGCUUCUGUUGAUCAGUUAUGAUGUUUAUGGCUGUAAGAUUUUCAUCUAUUGUUGUGUACAGAAAAAAUGGAGUAUAGGAUAUACUGAAGCUGUAAAUGUAAAAGGGAGUACGGGGAGCAGAGAGGAUUCAGUUGAUAACGUUAUGUAACAAUUCUGACCUUCAUACAGCUAAUAAAAUUUCUGAAAGAGUAACUUUGCUUGUAUUAUUGCUGAUAUCUUUUGGUGAGAUGUAUUUUCUUUUGCACAAACAUGUUUAGUUGUGUUUGACUAUAUUGUGUAUGAUGCUUGAGAUAGGCUAGUUUAUGUUUCGCUCAACUGCUGCUGAGCAUAUUAUUGUUAACUGUCCCCACUUCUCAUUUAGCUACGUAUAAUCUGCAUAGAUCAGCAAACUAUUCGAGUGAAAGUGAAGAGAUGGCAAUUGUUUUAGUUGGUCAGACCUAAUUCAGUACAUCAUCUGUCAUUUGAUUGCUUGUUCAGCUGAUGUGGAUUGCAUAGACAAUGUAUUGUAAUGGAAGUUUGUAACUUAUUAUCCUUCCUUUUUUUUACACUAGGUUGUAACUCUUCCCUUUUUGGCCAAAACUUACAGCUUGCUUGACAGUGAGUCAUAUGUGUUAGUACUUCCUGGAUUUAUCUCUGCUUUUUAUUGAGGAAUAUACUACUGUAUUUUCGGCUAGGUGAGUUGGGCUUGAGGCCCCUUUUAACAUUUUUUAUCUGUUGCAAUUUGUAAUUGUUGUACAGCUCCAUACUAAUUCACUACAUCUGUUUAUGUUUCUCUAAGGCUGUGUUUAGUGUAGGUUGGGAGCUAAUCAUCCACACACGGAAAUGGAGCAGCAGAUUAGCACAUGAUUAGUUAAGUGUUAGCUUAAAAGAACUUAAAAAUGGAUUAAUAUGAUUUUUUAAAGUAACUUUACUAUAGAAUUAUUUUUUUGGCAAAAAAUGCACCGUUUGCGUGGAAAAUGAUGGAGGUAAAGUUGGAAACCUUGACUAAAGAACACACCCUAAGUCAUGGCCCUUGGUUUGGAUUUCUGGAAGUUCAUGCCAAACCUGAUUUUGUAGCGGUAACAGGUUUCUUGAACUGGAAUGAACCUAGAGAACCUUUUGGAGUGCAUCAUUUCUUUUUUAAAUUGUUAGAGUGGACUUCUUUCCUUAGAAGCUUGAGUUAAUGUUUGCUGCGGGCACAUGAUUGACAGAGAGCUCUGCUUUCCGAUUCCAAAUUAGUUUCACACUUACAUUUCUUUCCCUCCUCUCUGAGCUGCAUCUAAUUCGUAUUGCUUUUCUCAGUCUUCUAGAAUCUAGAUCGCAUCUGUCAGUUUGUUGCUGAGUUGUGGAGUAACAGCCAGCAAGGUGCCAAACAUGUCAUGUUUUCAAAUUGUAUUGUCCAACUACGUGAACUGAUGCAUUGAAAAUUCUAGUGGCUGCAGGUUAGCAAAGAACUUUCAGAGGUGUUGGAACCUAUCCUACAACUGAUUGCUAUGUCAAAUUUGGAGAGCUUCAGAAUUUUCUCAAAUCAGGUUUGAAUCCUUGAACACAGAUUGGCAUGUCGUUUUCUAUGCUGGCUUUUUUUAUUUCAGGUCCGCGCCAUUCUCUAGAACACCAAAUCCGUGCAGAAUCGACAGGCUAGCUACAGGCUGUCAUGAUCCGCACAAGUGUUGGGAGUAUCAGUCAGAGAUAAGGGAAGGUGGAUGCAGGUCAAGAUCAAUCUUUCAUCCACCAAGCUGCAGUUCUUGAGUUGCUAUGGAAAAAUGGAUGUGUGCCGUUCUAGAGACCGGAUACGGCCAUCACACGCACAAGUAGUCAAGUCAUCUCCAUUGUCACUGUCAUGCAGGUAAUCCGAUGGCUCGUGCAAUCAAUUACAAACUAACAAUCUCUCUUACAGACGAUGCUUCUAAUCUGACUUGACAAUCCCUUACAAUUUAGACGACGUACGGAAGCUAACACCCAGGUUGAUGAUAAUAAUAUCAAUAAUUCCUUUUGGUGCAGCAGGAAAAAGGAACAAGUCUGAUUGAGACAUGAACAUGUAAGCAUCGGAUUAAUAAAUUAGACAAGCAAGUGUAGCACAGGAGGCAAUCAAUCCAAUCCAAUGCUUAUCUGCAUGUAUGUAUAUAUACUACGUAUCUAAGCAGGCAGUGUGUCGUCAACGUCAUGUAAUACUAUACUGAAUUAUAUUGCAACAGCAGUGUGACCUCUUCUGGGUAUGAGCAAUGUCAAUGGCUCUUCUUGUCA